AGGCCGCGGGAAGCUGUGUCAAUUGGGGGACCGGGAACACAGGGCGCCCGCCUGAAGGAGACGCUGGGCAGGCAGGGCUGCCUUGUUUUGCUCACGCGGCCAGGUCUUCCUGGAGGAAAGGCGAGAGAGGCCGGUGGGAGGGAGAGAACUUUUGGAAGUUAGGACAUUAAGGACUGCUUAUAUCUAGGGGGAAGGGGUCGCCAGCCUCAGGACUUGAUAGUCUCACUAGGGGCUGGCGCAUAAUUGAUAUUUCCAAACGAAAAAACCCUGCUGUGUUUUACUUCCUGCCUACCUCAGAUUCUUGCGAAACCCAGUGAGGAAUGAAGAUGUAACAGGAAAAGUGAGGUUUUUCCACUCUCUCUGUCUCUCCCUGUCUUUUCUUUUUGGGAAGAAAAGAGAAACAUCAAAAUUGUCUUUUAAAAAAAGAAAAAGAAAAUACGAAGUUUAUAAAUGUGCAUUUCAGAUCAGAAUUGACUGGCCUGCUUUGUAGGAAAGUGUGUGUUCGAGGCAUAUCCAUUAAAGAGCACAGCAUUAAAGCCAUAUAUAUUCCUUUUGCUUUUGCAGUCAUGUUGCUAAAAGUACACACGUUUAGUAGGAAAGUGUUCAGUAGCUUGUUGCGCUGCCCUGGCUUGGGUGUUACCUGCCUUGGGAUGGGAAAAAGUUUAAUCCAGCAGCUUCCGUGUAGAAAGUUCCACGUCUCCUGCCAAAGAUGUACGACGAUGCCAUCCUGGGUGAUUGACCGUUACGGAAAGAAUGAUGUGCUGCGAUUCACAAAUAACAUGAUGUUCCCUUUAAUCAACUUCCCUAAUGAAGUGAUUAUUAAAGUCCAUGCUGCAAGCUUAAAUCCCAUAGAUGUUAACAUGCGAAGCGGUUAUGGAGCUGCUGCUAUAAGGAUGAAGCGGGAUCCGUUGCACAUCACAAGCACAGGCAGUGAAUUCCCUCUCACACUUGGUCGGGAUGUUUCUGGAGUUGUGAUGGAGUGUGGACUAGACGUGAAAUAUUUCAAACCUGGAGAUGAGGUAUGGGCAGCAGUUCCUCCCUGGAAACAAGGCACUUUGUCAGAGUUUGUUCUGGCAAGUGGAAAUGAGAUCUCUAGAAAGCCCAGAUGUCUCAGCCACACUCAAGCAGCUUCCUUACCUUAUGCUGGUCUAACAGCAUGGUCUGCCAUUCACCUCGCUGGGGGGCUAAAUCAGGAUAAUUGCAUCAAUAAGAGAGUAUUGAUCUUUGGUGCAGCAGGUGGAGUAGGUACCUUUGCUAUACAGCUAAUGAAAGCCUGGGGUGCUCAUGUGACAGCAGUUUGUUCCCAAGAUGCCAGUGAACUCGUGAAACGUCUCGGAGCAGAUGAUGUGAUCGACUACAAAUCUGGAAGUGUGGAAGAACAGCUGAAAACGUUACCGCUGUUUGAUUUUAUCUUAGAUAAUGUUGGUGGAUCUACUGAAAAAUGGGCUCCUGAUUUCCUCAAAAAAUGGUCAGGAGCCACCUAUGUCUCCUUGAUAACACCCUUCUUGGUCAACAUGGACAGGCUUGGUGUAGCGGAUGGCAUGUUACGGACUGGAAUGACGUUCAGUUCAAAAACUUUCAAGCAUCUUUGUAAAGGGGUUCAUUACCGGUGGGCAUUUUUUGCACCAAGCGGCCCUUAUCUGGACGAAAUAGCUGAUCUCGUUGAUGCAGGAAAGAUACAUCCAGUUAUUGAUCAAGUUUUCUCCUUUUCUGAUGUUCCCAAGGCCUUUCAGAAGAUGGAAGAAGGCCAUGCACGUGGGAAAACGCUGCAGACUGAAGGCAUUCUUACAGUGAUUCUAGAAGGCUUUUCAACCAACACGUAUGCUGGUUCAGGACAACUGACUGCUGAACAAUCUGUAGAUGUGAGGACUGGUGGGGUCAGCAGCAGAAUCCAAACAACAACUGACAUACUGCAGUAUGAUUGUAUAUUUUUUCUUCCACUGUUUCCUGCCUUUAUGCUAAAUUGGGCAAUCAGUAGUGCCUAGAUGCAGCCAUGAUCUUCUCAUUCCAGAUUCAUUUUGACCAUUUGGUUAGAGAAAUGCAGCAUGCUAAUGAAAUCUCACUUUACUGAAAAGAUAAUCUUUUUCCUGGAAAAUAGUCAUUUCCAAUUCAAGCUAUUCUUUGUUCUAACAACAAAAUAUAUGUAGGUAUGUAUAUAAAUCAAACCAAUAUCAAACAAAAGAAAGCAAAGCAAAAAUCAAUUUGACUUUCUAGUUGCACAAAGCAUGCAGACAGACUUCUAAAACAAACAACAUUAAACACACCUCAAU